UGACACUGUCCCGCCAUGGCUCCGGGACUCCCCCUGUCCCUCAGACGCGGCCCCCCCGCCAUCUUGCUAACGGCGCCGCUCCGCUGUGCGGGGCCGGGCUGCAGGGUGCCCUCUGCCCGCCACGGUGCGGGGCCGGGCUGUGGGGUGCCCUGCCGCCACGGUGAGGGGCCAGGCGUCGCGGAGCCCCGGUUCGCCAUGGCGGGGCGCCGGGCGCUGUGGAGCUACUCCGUGCAGCUCGUGGCGCUGCCCUCAGCGGCGGGCUGGUCAGGUGGAACGCCGCAGCCGUUCAACAGCUCCUACCGAAGACCUACGGAGCGGCCGCCGUGGAAGGGGUGGAGCGGCACCAUGGAGGAGGAGGAGAAGGAGGAGAAGGGGGACGAGACUCUUCAGGGGCGGCAGCAGCAGCCUAGCUCUCCUGAAAAAGGUAUGGAUAAGAACACAGAUGAAGAGCAGCCUUCAACUGCCUGUAACCAGUACCCUAAGGAAGCAGUGAAGAAACGUCAGAAUUUGGGUCGAGGUUCCGGGAGCAAUGAUUCUUCCAGGACCUUCAGAAAAAGCUUCAGGCUGGACUACAGAUUAGAAGAGGAUGUAACUAAAUCAAAGAGGGGCAAAGAUGGGAGAUUUGUCAACCCGUGGCCAACGUGGAAAUCACCAACCUUACCCAACAUUUUGAAAUGGUCCUUCAUGGAAAAAAAUAACAGCAAUGUGCCACGCUCAAAGCAGGAACUCGACAAAGAACUCCCAGUGUUACAACCUUACUUUGUCCAAACACCAGAAGAUGCUGGGAAGACAGGAGCUGGUAUGCGAGUCACGUGGCUGGGACACGCCACCGUCAUGGUGGAAAUGGAUGAACUCGUGUUUCUCACUGACCCAAUCUUCAGCCAGAGAGCUUCCCCCAUUCAGCUCUUGGGUCCCAAGCGCUUCCGAGGGCCGCCGUGCACGGUGGCGCAGCUGCCCAGGAUAGACGCGGUGCUGAUCAGCCACACCCACUACGAUCACCUGGACUACAAUAGCGUGGCCAGCCUGAACGAGCGCUUCGGGAGCGAGCUGCGCUGGUUCGUGCCCCUGGGGCUCCUGCCCUGGAUGCAGAGGUGUGGCUGCGAGAAUGUCAUCGAACUGGAUUGGUGGGAGGAGAACUGUGUCCCUGGUCACGAUGCGGUAACUUUUGUCUUCACCCCUUCCCAGCAUUGGUGCAAAAGGACUGUGACAGAUGAUAACAAGGUUCUCUGGGGCAGCUGGUCUGUCUUGGGACCUUGGAAUAGGUUUUUCUUCGCAGGAGAUACUGGAUAUUGUUUUGCUUUUGAACAAAUAGGUAAAAGGUUUGGACCUUUUGAUCUUGCAGCCAUCCCCAUUGGAGCUUAUGAGCCAAGGUGGUUUAUGAAAUACCAGCAUGUGGAUCCUGAAGAAGCAGUAAGAAUCCAUAUUGAUGUUCAAGCAAAGAAGUCUGUAGCAAUUCAUUGGGGGACCUUUGCUUUAGCAAAUGAGUAUUACUUGGAUCCUCCAGUUAAAUUGAAUGAAGCUCUUGAAAGAUAUGGCUUGAAAAAAGAUGACUUCUUUAUCUUACGCCAUGGAGAGUCACGGAAUUUGAAUACAAAUGACCGGUUUGAAAACUGAAACAGUGUCAGUUCCUUGUAAGCCCUGUUUGAUCUGAGCUAAUGUAACAAUACUAACAUAAUGUACACAAUAGAUUUUUGAGAUUGAAUUGGAUUUCUAAAUGCCAGGUUUGUCAGUUUCAGAACUAAAGCUUGCAUAUCAAUUUCAUGACAAAUUUUACUAGUUAUAUUGUUUAUAAAUUUAGAGAGGCGAUCUAAAAGUGGUUUAUAUAUUAAGUGUUGUCUGGGAAAACUUGCUCUGAUGUACACCACUGAUAAAAAAAUUAUUUUUAAACUCUUCAUCUCACCUGCUGCAGCAAUAAUAACUUCAGCACAGAACAUAUUCUUAGGAUUAAUGGCUGACUUGAAUUAUUCCUUGUUAGACUGUCAUCUCCCACUCGUUAGUCUUCAGGUUGUGCCCUGUACCUUGAUGUACAAGCUUCAUACAGCUUCACUGUAUGUUUUGUGGGGUGAAGUCUUCCAAUACAGCUGUGUUGUUUAAGCACAAGCAUGGUAAAAUUGUUUCACUCUUCAUUUUCAUGUAUUAAUGAACCACAAAAGCUGAAUUUUACAUCAAAGAAAUGUGCCUUUUAAAGAAAGAGAUAAUUUAAUAUUGCAUCAUGGAUGUGUAAAACUAACUGCUGGCCAGAAUACCUGCACACUUUUAUUGUUUUGUCUAUGUUUUUAUGUUAGGUCUGAAUGUGUCAUUUGCAGCACAUGAAGUGGAGAAACCUCUUAAUGUCGCUUGUCCUUGUAUUAACUCAGCCUUUUUCUAAGUACCUUUUUUUUUUCUCCCCAGUAGAAAAUCUUAAGCAAGGGCUGUGGUAUUUUUUCUAAUAGCUUCCCUAUAAUUUUAAAGUUGAAUGAGAUUACAACAUUGUUCAGUGUUAUAAAACUUGGCCAAAUGUGUCUGUAUCGAAUUGUCUUGCUCAUUUUCAGAAUUAAAGCCUAUUGUGGCCAAUAAAAAGGGUUGUUAUUCUCCUUUAUAAUUUCAUUGGCAAA